UCAAGCAAGGGUGGAAAUGUAUGCUGUUGUGCCCUACCUUGCGUUUCUGAGUGUCACAGGUUCAUUCCUGAAUCUGUUGGUCUGCGUUGUGCUUCUGAAAGACAUGCGCAGAAUGAGAGUCCAGGAUAUUUUUCUUGUCAGCAUAUCGACAGGGGAUUUUUUGGCAUCGUCAGUUGCCAUUCCUAUUGCCUUGAAAGCUGCUCUCUCGUCCAGUUGGCCGUUCGGGUUAUCUGGAUGUCAGGUACAUGCCUUCCUUAUCUACACCCUUGGUCUCGUCUCCAUAACCAACCUAGCAGCUCUCGCCUUGGAGAAAUUCCUCACCAUCGUCAAAUGCCUAUACUCCGACGAGCAUUUCUUCACAAGACUUCAAGCCAUAUGCGUGGUAGCCGGGCUGUGGGUAUAUUGCUUGCUGAUCACCAUUCCCCCUCUGUUCGGUUGGGCGCGGUACGGCCUGGAGCCAGGUAACAAAACCUGUUCUCUCAGAUGGGACGAUGAUGGUCCGGCAGACGAUGCGUACUAUGGAGUGAUGUUCGGCGGGUACUUCAUCCUUCCUCUCGCACUCAUGGUGUUCAGUUACUUCAGGAUUUUUAAGAUCAUGCACCACGUGAAAGCCAUGAACCUGCAGUGCAUCCUACAGCUGUCACACAACAAACGCGCCUUGUACGUAAGCACAUCCAGUCAGCGGUCUUCUUUCUGCUGCUGAUUGGCGGGCUACCUUAUGGCAUGGACCCCGUACACUAUCGCCACACUGUCGAUGGUCAGCGGAGCCAAGGUCAGCGACAAUGGCCUCAUGAUACCCAGUUUGUUUGCAAAGACCAGCUUCGUCCUC